AUGACAGCUCAUCAAUCAGUCAUUUUCAAGCACUGGGUGCGCAUCAUCAAUCAAUGGCCUCUCGACCGCGUCCGCCCGGCCCAUGUCCAUUUCCAAAAGGUCAUGCAAUCCCGUCUGCAAAAGCCCCGAUCUCCUACGUCUGCUGCCGCCGCAGUGAAGUCCAACAAUGCCGUCGCGACACCUGUCGAGCCGUUUAAUGAGCAAAGGGAAAUGCGACAAGUCAAUGCUCUUUACGCGCUGCUUGAAAAUCGAUUCUCGAACGAAUACCCUACACCUCAAUUAGUCCGCCAUCCUAAGAGCAACACUUCACACUAUGAUGAUUUGGUCAGGGAGCUAGAUGAUGCGCCGGGAAGAUCAUGGUUUAUAUCCGUCUGGAAUCGCCUCAAGGGCUCUAUUCGAUUGAGAUGA